AUGGCAGGCUUUGGACGCUCAAAUUCUCUGAGCAUCAACACGGGCGGUGGUCUCUUUGGAAACAAUGCCUCUGCCACGGCAACCUCUCAACCCCAAAGCAGCGGCGGUCUCUUCGGUUCAAUAGCAGCACAACCCGCCCAGUCAGGAGCGCUUUUCGGCGGAUCAACACAGCCCGCGACAUCGCAACCAGCAUCUGGAGGUCUCUUCGGCAACAUGAACAAGCCUGCUACAACUGCGCCCGCAAGCGGAGGCCUCUUUGGCUCCUCAACCGCGCAAUCGUCGGCGCCAGCAAGCGGUGGUCUUUUCGGAGGCCCAUUGGGAGCUAGCACACAGACACAGUCGCAAGCUGGAGCUGCACCAUCGGGAGGGCUAUUUGGAGGCGGCCAGCAGGCCAAGCCAUCGCUGUUCGGCGCAUCAACGCAACAAACCUCCACAACACCUUCCUUGUUCGGCAACACCAACACACAACAAAACCAGACUACCGCAACACCCUCACUCUUUGGCUCCACACAACAAGCUCAGCCACAGCAGAACAACUCACUCUUCGGUGGCGGCAUGAACCCUCCACAAAGAACGGGCACGCUCGGUGGCUCAACGUUGGGCGGUGGUCAGAUGGGCAGCAGUACACAGGCGGUCAACAUUGGGCUGGAGAGUAUACGGGGGACAACGCGGUUCAACGAUUUGGCUUCGGAACUUCAACAGCAGAUACAGGCAUUCGACGAGGGCAUCCAGCGCAAGAUUGGAUAUUGCAACCAGAUUCGCGAAACUCUCCCUAACAGCGAGGCUGAGAUUGCGACGAUCGCGCCGGACGUGGCGUACAUCGAGACCUUCCUUUCUACCGUCGAGUUGGGCCUGGACAACGAUUCCGCCAAUAUCGCUUACCUGCGAGAUCUGGUCAAGAAGGAUGCUGCAGACGCGACUCUGAGCUUCCGAGCCAUCGAGAACCAGCGACUGCCGGCGCAAUUUCACUACAGGAACGGUACGAACCUCACUGCAUCGAGCGCAAAGCCACCAGCCACCGCCGCCCUUGACGAAGACGACCCAACCAAGCCUGUCGAUUUGAUGGGAUACUUCAACCGACGCACAGGCGAGCUCGGCCGCACAUUAGAUAUGUACCAGCGACAAAUUCGUGAGAUCGAAGGGCAUCUGCGCACGAUGGAAGCCGGUACACUGGAAAAGGCACAGCAGUUGACAGGCAGCAGAAGCGCACCACGCGACCAGCGCCGCGAGUUGGUCGAAGCGCUGAAGGCGAUCGAAGGUGCGAUCCUGGACUCCGCCAAGAAGGUCGGACAGGUCAGAGACGAAGACAAGAGCGGAGAAUUCAAGCGCCAGCAAUCUGUCUUCCGCUCUUUCAUUGAGAACAAGCCUGGCGCGGAGUUUCCCGCAGAGAAGGAUCGCUACCACCUCUAUGUCUCCUACGCCUGUCCCUGGGCGCACCGUACCUUAAUCGUUCGCAACCUGAAAGGUCUUCAGGACAUCAUCGGUUUCACCAGCGUACACUGGCACAUGGCCGAGAAGGGCUGGCGCUUCGCCACACCGGAUGAGAAACUGCCCGGCGAGAACGCACUUCCUGACCCCCUGCACAAGGAGUACACACAUCUCCGUGACAUCUACUUCGAGCAGAACCCGGAAUAUGAGGGCAGGUUUACGGUACCGACGCUCUACGACAAGAAGCAGAAGCGCAUUGUCAGCAACGAGAGCAGUGAAAUCAUUCGUAUGCUGUACACUGAGUUCGACGACCUCAUUGCCGAUGAGUAUAAGAAGGUGGAUCUGUUUCCCACGAACUUGCAGAAGGAGAUUGAAGAGAUGAAUGAUUGGGUGUAUAAUGAUAUCAACAACGGCGUGUACAAGUCUGGAUUUGCUACGACCGAGGAAGCGUACAAGAAGAACGUUACCACGCUUUUUAAAUCUCUUGACCGUGUUGAGAAGAUUCUCGCGGAGUCAUCGACACCGUACGUGCUCUCCUCGCCGCACGUCACAGAAGCAGAUGUCCGUCUUUUCACGACCAUCGUUCGUUUCGACCCGGUCUACGUACAGCACUUUAAGUGCAACAUCCGCGACAUCCGGUCAGGCUAUCCUCACCUCCACCGAUGGGUGAGGCAUCUGUACUGGGACUACCCCAAGUCUUUCGGUGAGACAACCGAGUUCGAGCACAUCAAAAAUCACUACACUAAGAGCCACGGGCAAAUCAACCCCUUUGCUAUCACACCUAUCGGGCCAUUGCCAAACAUCCUGGAGAAGGACGAUGAGGUGCCAAGUGUCAAGGCUGCCUUGGAGAAGUGA